UAGAGGGAGCAUCUUCCUGUGAGUCUGCUGAGUGUGGAGGAAGUCGUUUGCUGGAUUGUUUGGUGUGUGUGCGCUCUGAGCUCUGCCGUGUCAUCUGUGCCGGACAACGUUCUUCCUUCCCCAGAGGGAGAGCGUGGGUUCAGGCAUGAGCGAGGAGAGGAGAACCCCAACACCUGCCCCCCGAAUCAGGUCCGCGGGGGGCAGGGGGAGCCAGCGACCAGGUGUGGAGGGACCAGCGUCAGGAAGUGCAUCAGAGGUCUCCGGGUUGAGGCGCUCUGCCAGGAGGUGCAGCGAUGCAUCUCCAGCCACCCCUGAACCCGUAGAGACAAAGAGCAGCCGCAAGGCUGGCCCUGCAAGUUGUGGGACUACAAGUGCAAGAAGUUCCGGAAGCACAGGUACUGUGACAACAAGGCCUGACAAUGUGGACUGUGAUACUCCUCCUGGAGCAAAGCUAAAUGCCCACGGAUGUGUGGAGGAGGAUUGGGGGAUGCCUAGGGCCCGGGAGUCUGGAGUCCCCCAUAACUCUCGUGUGGCAGAACACAUCCGUGGAUAUGAGGAAGCAAGGGGCAGCUUGUAUAGGCUCCAGGAGGAGGUACGGGAAGCAAAAGCCCUGAUGGAAACUGCGGCGAAACGACAGAAAGCUGAGCUGUCAGCCCGGAUUAAACAGCUGAAAAAUGAAAUAAGGAUCCUGGAGAAGAAGAGAACUUUUAUUUUAGAGAACAGCGGGCCAUUUAGGGAAAAACUUUUAAAUGAAGACCGCUUUCAUACAAUGGAGAGAGAGAAGCAGAGACGGCUGAGGGGGCUUCAGCCACGGGUGGAGGAGGAAGGAGACGCUGCGGAGGCCGAUAAUGUUGAGCCAAAUCCACCCGGGGGUCUGCAACAUCUGACCCCAUACAGUGGGCUCCCUGCAGGGCAAGUGGCGAUGUCAUCUGGCCGUGGCUCUGGCGGUUCGGGGGAUGAGAGCAGCACCAGUCACCAGGGAGGGGCGCUGAUGGCCCAGAUCCAGCUCCUGGAGUCCCCAGGUCGCCUCCAGGACUUCACGUUUGGGGAUGAGUUACCGGAGGAGGCACCUGGGGGAAGGAAAAAGAAGCUAAAGAAGACCAAGCUCCAGGAGCAGAGACCCCCCGGAUGGGCAGAGGCUAUUGGAAGCUGAAUUCGUCUCUCUUGGAAGAAGCGGAGAUAAGACAGUCCUUUGAGGAUUUUCUUCAGAGCCAGGUACCAUUGCUGGGCCUUUGUAGCAGUAAGUCAGAGUGGUGGGAGAUCUUCAAGGAAAGGGUUGCGAGAUUCUUCCGUCAGCUCUCGGGCCUCAGAAGCCUAAACAGGUACCGUUUGUACCAGGGCCUGAGGAAGAAACUUGAGAACCUUGUCUCGACUGGAGGUAGUCGUGACGAUAUCUCCAGAGUGAAGUCCUUGUUGAUGAAGUGCCAGUAUGACAGACACGCA